UGGUGUCUUCUAACCUCUCUGACGCUCUCUCAAGCUCACGAAGUAGACAACUGUGGGUUACUGUUUGUCUUAAGCAUAAAAUCCUUUCUGAAAUAGUUACUUCGAACUAAUGUUGUAGAAUUUUAGUGAAUGUUUUCCACAAAAACAAACUCACAGUUAAUACUAACUCUGUGACCCGCAUGAUGUGCGUUUGUCAGUUGAUAUUGAACGACAUAACCAAUAGUAUUUAUGCAUUAAAACAAGUACCCAUACAAAAUUACCUUCACAAAAGGAAAUAAACGAUUCUAAUUUUCUAUACUAACGAAAAAAAAAUAUAGCAUCAAUAUUACCUAAAAUACCUAGUUUAAGACACGCAAUUUACAACUAGGAUAUUAGCCUGACGGAUAAAAUUUGGAUGGUUAUUUCGCGUACGUCACACGUAUGCACAUAUCUACUCUCCCGAUGGAUUUGGACAAGGAUGAGAUUUCGCAGCACAACGCUGAAGUAAGAGGACUGCAAAACUUGUAUUUAAACUAAGUGUUGUUAAGGUUACUUGCAGGAAUGGAAAGUGUCCAUGAACCCGACAAACGUGCGUGGAUAUCUAAUCCAGUUAGUGUAAAACGUUCUUAUGAACGUUGGUGUGAAAGCCUUUUUGAAAAUGAAACAGAAAAUGUUACAGGUUCGAAGAUGUUGCAAAAACUAGUUCUCUUAUUACAGUUACCUGAUCAUGUUGUUAAAACUUUAGAAACUGAAUGUGGACCCAAAUCAUUGAUCUGUGAAGGAGAAGUGCAUGCACAAAGUGAGAAGGUCACAGAGAUACCAGAGGAAGUGGAGUUGAUGACAUUAAGGAUUCAAAAAGGUGAACUGGAGAAACGGAGAAGUGAUGUGAACUAUAAAAAAUAUGUAUAUGACAGGUUGAAAGUGCAAGAUUAUCCUGAGAGAGUAUGCUUGGGUGGAGUAACUAAUAGCCAAUCAAAGAAGACAUCUAGUAAAGUUAAACUUGGUAUAUUGUCAGAUGUUUUGCUGACUGUUCAGAUUUUCAGGCCUGUUCAAAAUGUAUCAAACCAAAAAUAUAGAGGAGUUGAAAGCUUACUGGUGGACCAGGAGGUAGCAGUACUAGGACGACAGAAACUUAUUCAACUCAGAGAUAGCAUUGGCUGUGUAUCAGAUAUAGCAGUUCCAGGAGAUUUUAGUGAAAAUCCUAAUUUUCCUCCAGAAUUACGAGCAGAGGAUCUGUAUAAAUCAGGAUUCUUCUAUAUUAAUGGGGUUUUUUACAGUGACAUGAGAAACACAGAAAAUCGAGACUAUAGCAGUCAAAUAAGAGCAUGGGCUAAAGAAACAGUAGAAAAAAUAGGUCCAUUCACCAGCAAGAAAAUGGAAGACUGCCAAUUUAUGGAUUUGGAUUUAAGACUUGGUUAUCCAUAUGUGUAUGUCCAUCAAGGCUUCUGUGAACACCUAAUUGUGUUUUCUGACCUUAGACUUUGCCAUCCAGAUGAUAGCCAAGACAUUUGUGACUACCCAAUGUAUUUGCGAACACCACGGAAACAGCGUAUUAUCUGCAUGGUGUGUCACAUCAAAACCUCAAGGUGGGUAACAUUUGGAAAUAAGAGAGUGCCAGAAGAUCCUUUCUUUUUCUGUGAGAAUUGUUUCUUUAAAUACAACUAUACUGCAGAUGGGAAAAAAAUAGGGGAUUUUCAAGCUCAUCUAUAUUUUGAUCGAACAGCAAUAUUUUGAGAAUUAAAAUACUAUUUCAUGAUACCUUUUAAAAUGUUUUUGAAACUGUGUUUCUUCUUCUCCACAAUGUUUUUUACGAUUUAUGUAUUUCAAGAAUCUUUAGUGAGUAUUCAGCAUAAGGUGUUGUAACUAUUACCCUUUAUUCAUAAAUAAAAAUAAUAAAAUAAAUAAAUAAAGGUCUAGUAGUAAUAUAUGUGGAGUCUUUUGCAAGAAUUCCCUUCAGUAAAUUUACCAAAAACCCAUUCUCCUAAACUGCUGGACGCACCAACUUUUAAUUCAUUCCAAACAAUUUGUCUCAGCCUCGAGGUUUGCACAAAGGUAAAACUUUUCACCCAACUCCUUAAGAAACCUGGAUAUUUUGCAAAAACAAUUUUAUAUCCCCCAAAUGCAGACACUAAAUUUGGCAUGUUUUUACAUUAGAACAUGUAAAUAAGUAGGCCUACUAAUUACCAUUUGUAACUUAGU